UUACUCACAGAACGGUUUCGAGGCGCGUUUCCGCUUAUUUUUCGUGUUGGUGGAGAAAAGGGGGAGCUAUUUUCACUUUUCUCAUCGUCUUUCAUUAAAGUCAUCGAGUCUUCAUGUAGAACAGCCCCAGCCGUUUUGUCUCUGUGUGAUUCAACUAACCGGCUUCCUGUGUUUGUGUGUGUCUCUCUCUCUCUCACACAGACUGAGUGAGCGAGGAGGAGAAGGACGGGAGAGAUUGGGAGCUACCAGCUGCCACCUCAACAUGGUGUAGCUGUGCUUCUGAAAACAGCAAGAAACACAAAGAGAAAUCCGCGUGAAAUCUUAAAAAAAGCGUCACCAAUGAAGAGAUACAAUAUUGCAGAGAUACAAUCCGUGUGAAGGAAGAAGGAUAGACAUUGCAGUUUGUGUUUAUUAUUUAAAAGAUGGCGAACGACUCUCCAGCUAAAAGUCUGGUGGACAUAGACCUUUCCUCUCUGCGGGAUCCUGCCGGAAUUUUUGAGCUGGUGGAAGUAGUUGGAAAUGGCACCUAUGGACAAGUAUACAAGGGACGACAUGUCAAAACAGGCCAACUUGCAGCCAUCAAGGUUAUGGAUGUUACCGAGGAUGAAGAGGAGGAAAUUAAACUGGAGAUUAAUAUGCUUAAAAAAUACUCUCACCACAGAAACAUUGCCACUUACUAUGGAGCUUUCAUAAAGAAAAGUCUCCCAGGACACGAUGACCAGCUGUGGCUUGUCAUGGAAUUCUGUGGGGCAGGUUCCAUCACAGACCUGGUGAAGAACACAAAGGGAAACACCCUGAAGGAAGACUGGAUCGCAUACAUCUCCAGAGAGAUCCUCCGGGGAUUGACACAUCUUCAUGCCCACCAUGUGAUUCACCGUGACAUCAAAGGCCAGAAUGUUUUGCUGACAGAAAAUGCAGAAGUGAAGCUGGUGGAUUUCGGUGUGAGUGCUCAACUGGACAGGACUGUGGGUAGGAGGAAUACGUUUAUUGGUACACCAUACUGGAUGGCUCCUGAGGUCAUUGCCUGUGAUGAAAACCCAGAUGCAACCUAUGACUAUAGAAGUGACUUGUGGUCCUGUGGGAUCACAGCUAUUGAAAUGGCAGAAGGAGCGCCUCCCCUUUGUGACAUGCAUCCCAUGAGAGCACUUUUCCUUAUUCCCAGGAAUCCUCCACCAAGGCUUAAAUCGAAGAAGUGGUCCAAGAAGUUCUUCAGUUUCAUAGAGGGCUGUUUAGUAAAAAACUACACACAGCGUCCUCCAACGGAGCAGCUGCUGAAACACCCCUUCAUCCGAGACCAGCCCAACGAGAGGCAGGUCCGAAUCCAGCUCAAAGACCACAUCGACAGGACCCGGAAGAAGAGAGGAGAGAAAGAUGAAACAGAGUAUGAAUACAGUGGGAGUGAAGAAGAGGAGGAGGAGGUUCCUGAACAGGAAGGAGAGCCAAGCUCCAUCGUGAAUGUCCCGGGUGAAUCGACGCUGCGGCGGGACUUCCUGCGGUUGCAGCAGGAGAACAAGGAGCGCUCUGAGGCCCUGAGGAGACAGCAGCUCCUCCAGGAGCAGCAGCUGCGUGAGCAGGAGGAGUACAAGCGGCAGCUGCUGGCCGAGCGGCAGAAACGUAUCGAGCAGCAGAAGGAGCAGAGGAGGCGGCUUGAGGAGCAACAAAGGUGUGAGCGAGAGGUUCGAAGGCAACAGGAGCGGGAACAGAGGCGCCGGGAGCAGGAAGAGAAGCGCAGAAUGGAAGAGAUGGAGCGCAGGCGUAAGGAGGAGGAGGAACGCAGGAGAGCCGAGGAGGAGAAGAGGAGGGUCGAGAGAGAGCAGGAAUACAUCAGGCGACAGCUGGAGGAGGAACAGCGGCACUUGGAAAUUCUUCAGCAGCAGCUGCUCCAUGAGCAGGCCAUGUUACUGGAGUACAAAUGGCGGGAGAUGGAAGAGCAGCGUCAGGCAGAGAGACUGCAACGUCAGUUACAGCAGGAGCAGGCCUACCUUCUUUCACUGCAGCACGACCAUAGGCAGCAGCAAGACAGGAAUAAACAGCAGCCACAGCAGCAGCAACCAUACCAGCCAGCAGAGCUGAAACCCCUGCCCCAUGAACCAGCAGAGCGAGCGAGAGAGGCUGACGAAAGGUUUCGAAAGACUAUUCAGGGCUCGCCUCAAUCGCAAUCAAAACAGCCUAGCAAAGUGUUGGAGCCCCCUGUGCCUUCCCGAUCAGAGUCCUUCUCAAAUGGCAACCCUGAGCCUGCCCCGUCAGCAAUGCACAGGCCAAUGGAACCACAGGUACAGUGGUCCCACCUGGCAUCUCUCAAGAAUAGCGCGUCCCCCGUGUCUCGAUCCCAUUCCUUCAGCGACCCUUCUCCUAUUUUUGCACAUCUCCAUCUUCGCUCUCAGGACCCAUGUCCACCUUCACGUAAUGACAAGCAGCAAAGCUCUGAGCCUAGGUCAGACAUGCCUGACCCCAGCCAAAAGGAUAGAUACCCAGGGGUCUGGGCUAGAGCAGACAGUGAGGAGGUGCCUCCCAGGGUUCCUGUGAGGACGACAUCCAGGUCUCCAGUGCUGUCCCGUCGAGACUCCCCACUGCAGGGGAGCGGUCAGCCCAGCAACCAGGCUGGCCAAAGGAACUCCACAAGCAAUAUUGAGCCCAGGCUGCUGUGGGAGCGAGUGGAGAAGCUGGUGCCUAGGCCUGGCAGUGGCAGCUCCUCGGGCUCCAGUAAUUCAGGUUCCCAGCCGGGAUCUCAGAGCGGCUCUGGGGAGCGCUUUCGCGUCAGAUCAUCUUCAAAAUCAGAGGGUUCCCCAUCACAAAGACAAGAAAAUGCCUCUAAAAAGCCUGAAGAGAAAAAGGACGUUUACAGACCAAGCAGGCCAGCUGACCUUGCUGCUCUGGCCAAGGAGCUGCGUGCAGUUGAAGACCCCCGGCCUCCUCACAAAGUGACGGACUACUCCUCCUCCAGUGAAGAAUCAGGAACCACAGAUGAGGAGGAUGAUGACUUGGAGCAAGAGGGAGCAGACGAGUCGACCUCUGGUGCAGAAGACUCCAGGGCAGCACUGUCUAAAUUGAGUAAUGGCGAAACUGAGUCCGUGAAGACGAUGAUUGUUCACGACGAUGUUGAGAGUGAUCCUGCUAUUACUCCCUCACAGGAAGGCACUUUAAUUGUCCAUGAGAGCGCAGGUGACAAAAAGCGUCCCAGCCAUCCCGAGAGCAAUGGCUUUGCCGGUCGCAUUCACCUCUUGCCAGAUCUGAUUCAGCAAAGCCAUUCCUCCUCCUCCACCACCACCUCCCCAUCCUCCAGCCAGCCGACUCCCUCCAUGUCCCCUCAGACUCCCCAGGACAAGCUUACUGCUAACGAGUGGGAUUUUUGCAUAGCACACAGUGCCACCCGAUUGCUGAAUGUUACCCAGUCAGUUAGUAGCACACUACAGAAACACAAAUCCUCCUCCUCAUUUACACCCUUUAUCGAUCCACGGCUGCUGCAGAUUUCUCCGUCCAGUGGAAUGACUCUAACGUCUGUGGUAGGGUUUGAACCUAUAAGGCCAGAUGCUCUGAGACAGGAUCCUACAAGGAAGGGCUCAGUGGUUAACGUGAAUCCCACCAACACUCGACCUCAGAGUGACACCCCAGAAAUCCGCAAGUACAAGAAAAGGUUCAACUCAGAGAUCCUGUGUGCUGCACUGUGGGGUGUCAAUCUGUUAGUAGGUACUGAAAGUGGCCUGAUGCUUCUGGACAGGAGUGGGCAGGGUAAAGUGUAUCCAUUGAUUGGCAGGAGGCGUUUCCAACAGAUGGACGUGCUUGAAGGCUUGAAUGUCCUGGUGACAAUAUCAGGCAAGAAGAACAAACUGCGAGUGUAUUACCUUUCCUGGUUAAGGAACAAGAUUUUGCAUAAUGAUCCUGAAGUGGAAAAGAAGCAGGGUUGGACAACAGUUGGCGAUUUGGAAGGCUGUGUGCACUAUAAUGUUGUAAAAUAUGAGCGAAUCAAGUUCUUAGUGAUUGCUCUGAAGAAUUCUGUGGAAGUCUAUGCAUGGGCCCCAAAACCGUACCACAAAUUUAUGGCCUUUAAGUCUUUUGGAGAAUUGAUACACAGGCCACUGUUGGUGGAUUUGACAGUUGAAGAAGGGCAGAGAUUAAAAGUUAUCUAUGGCUCCAGUGCUGGCUUCCAUGCUGUCGAUGUGGACUCUGGGUCGGUUUAUGACAUUUACCUGCCAACACAUAUCCAGUGUAGCAUUCAGCCACAUGCUAUCAUCAUCCUGCCCAACACUGAUGGAAUUGAACUGCUGGUGUGUUACGAGGAUGAAGGAGUCUAUGUGAACACUUACGGAAGGAUCACCAAAGAUGUGGUUCUGCAGUGGGGAGAGAUGCCAACCUCUGUUGCGUACAUCCGAUCCAAUCAGAUCAUGGGCUGGGGAGAGAAGGCCAUUGAGAUUCGGUCAGUAGAGACCGGCCACUUGGAUGGCGUUUUCAUGCACAAACGGGCACAAAGGCUAAAGUUUCUCUGUGAAAGGAAUGACAAGGUCUUCUUUGCCUCUGUGCGUUCAGGUGGGUCAAGCCAGGUUUACUUCAUGACUCUCGGCAGGAGCUCCCUUCUCAGCUGGUAGAAGAACGGGUUGAACAAAAUGGACAACCAGAGUCUUAACAAGAUCUGAAAAUAAAACCAACAAAAAAAAAACAACCUUGAACUAAUCUACAACUGGAGAACAACCUGCACUGAGGCAUUCUCUACGGAUGUCACUUGGUGAUAAUAGAUUUUAGAUAUUUAAAAAUAAAUAAAUUAAAAAAUAAAGGCUGUUAGGUCGUUGGCGCGGUUAGAAAGUCGCUGUCAGAUGCCGUAAGCACUGUGGCUCUGACACAUUAGCCAGCAACACCUCACCUUGGUUGCAGAUUUCCUUGGCUUCAGACUCUACUUUGUCAAUUUGAGAAAAUAAAAGCCCUAUCUUGAGUAAUGUAGUUGGAUAAACAUUAGACACGCGAGUGCGAGUGCAAGCAGGGGAGGGUGUCUGUUUUUGGUAAAGAGGGGAUACAAUCUAAAGUAUUAAUACUAUAGCGUAUUUAAAUGUUUGUUAUCUUUGGUAGUGUGGCAGUGCAAAAACCGGAUGAAGGUACAGGUUUUAGUGUUUUUAUAUAUAAAACAAAGGCAAAGUGAAAGGCAAAAAGGAGGCGUUUAGCAUCAAAUGUGAAAGGGGGAUAUUUGGUCAUUUUCUGUGCAUCAGGUUGUGCCUGAAAUGCUGAGGAGUGGAUUCAGGUUGUUCACAUAUAUUCUGUGUUAGGCUGGGAUGGGGUUACAUCACAGGGUAAAGAUCCUGCUUUAUUUUAAGGACUGGCUUUUUUUUUUCUUUUUCCCCCAUUAAGUGCAACCUACUUUUUUUUUUUUUUUUUUAAGAAAAGGUUUUCCAGACUGCAGUUUAUUUUAUUUGAUUAUUAUUAUAUUUCUUAUUUUUGUGCCUACCUCAUUGUUGAAAUGCAAGACUUCAGAGGUGGUUUAAUGUUUUGUAUCUAAAGAAGAAAAAAACAGUCUCUUAAAUGCUUGUCAAACCAAAUUAUGAACAUGUUUGAGUGUUAUAAAGGAAGGGGCAGACACAGUCAAACCAACGGACCAUGGUAAUGUUGAAUACCCAAAGGCACUGAUGGCAGAAACUGACAAGAUACUUGCAUUUAUUUUUGAAUGGGGGAAACAUAUAAUGUCAAAUAUUGUACUUGGUUAUGUGAUUUAGAACUGAUUUUUAAUCUGCUAAAUCUGAUUUUUGUAGCAUACAGGUUACUCUACUAGGCUUCUUAACUAUAUAUAGUAGAAAACCAGUGGUUGUCUUUUCAAUGAACGCAGUGCACUAAAUCUCAAGAAUGUAGUGAAAUACUGUUCAUCAGUACAUGGCAUAACAGUUCCCUUUUUAGAUGGAAGAUCCCAGUCCAGAAGCAUUUUUUUUUUAAAUACAAGUCGAACAGUUUUGUUUUGCAAAAUUGUUAACAUUUAUAAUUGUCUCUGCAGGUUCUAUGUUUUAACUGUCUGUUAAUUUCUUGAGAGACCAAGUGUGUGUCAUAUUUCAGUGAUGUAACAAUACACAUUCUUACCAUGUACUGUCAACAGCUGCCUUAAGCUGUUCAUUCUGUGAACAGUAUCUCAGUGUUUCUAUAGGGCGUAGUCUUCUGCAAUCAAAAUAUUAUUAGAAUAGCAUGACACGCAGAAAUUAUUUAAUUUGUUCAUAUGGGAAGUCAUAUUAAUAACUGUUAUAAAGAUUAAGCAUAAAUGGUUCCCCACCUCAUACAAUCUAUCUAAAUAAAAUCUAUCUAGGUUGUAAAAUACUACUCAAACAGCAUCUUUGUGGAUGCAUUGUGUAUGAAGAAGCUAGAACCCAGCCAACUACACAAUCCUAAAAAGAAAUAACGGGGAAAGGCUUGCUUAAACAAGCUUGCAAUGCACAUCUUCAGAUUGCAGUACCACCAUUUAGUGUGUUCUUUUUGUUUUGUUUAAGCACCAAGGCAGAGGACUUCUUGCAAAUGCUAAAAUUAAGGAUUCCAAGAUAUUUAUAAUAUGAUAAAGGGACUUGAUUGUCAUAGACCUAAACCCAUUUACCAAACAGAUUUUUUUUAAUGUCUUUGGCAUUGCACUUGUAGUCACACGAAGCAAUUGAACCAAUUUCCUGUAUGCAAAAAACUUUUUUGUAUAAUAGAUGUGUGUAAGGUCUUUAUGGUUGUUAGUCCCUACAACAAUCAAUCUCUCUCUCUCUCCAUCUUAUUUCUGGUUAUUAACAUACUGUAAGGUCUUUUUGACAAGUUUAAUUUGCCAUUAACAGAAAGCUGUUGAAGUUUAAAGUAGAAGACAUGUUCUCUCAGCAGUGUGACUAGCAGCUCCCACUGUAAGAAGUGCCAAGGUGGCAAUGUUACAUGUUUAACAGUAUUACAAAACCACUACAUAGAAAAAGAGAGAAAUAAUUCGAAGAACUCUCUUUAAGCAUCAUUGCUUUUAUGUUUUGUUAAGGAGCUUAACGAGAGUUCACUUUUAUUUCUGUGUUUUAAUUAACCCUAAUUAUGUGAAGUGUUUAAUCUUAUGCACAUGUUCUGUUGCAAAUGUUUACAAAAACAAUGUUUUGUUACACUAAUGUGCAUCACGUAUUUAUGGUUUAUUUGAAAGCAACUGUGGGUUUUUUGUUUGUUUUUUUAGCUUGUUUUGUAUUAUUGAAAGUACACUUUUUUGUGAUUUAUAACCCUAAACUCUGCUGAUACAAAAGUAAUUACUAAUAUCUAGCUGCAAAGCAGACCAGUUACAGGUAAAAUGUUUUCAUCCAUUGUUUCUGCCACGCUUCUGUCUUCUGUGUAUUAUGGAAAUUCCUGUAUUUUCCAGAAGGUCUUUUUUUUCUUGAAUAAACUCAAAUAAAUACA